CUUGGUGUUCUUCGCCUUCCGGCGGGCGGCAACCUUGCCUUGACCGCCCGCCGGAGCUCAACCAAUUCAAACCUCCCUCUCCCUCUCGGCACAUCACUUUCUCUCUCUACAAAUUUCUCCGUCCGUUUAUCUCUCUACCCCUUUGUCUCUCUAAGUUUUAGGGUUUUGAGUGUGAGAGAGAUGGGGCAACAGUCUUUGAUCUACAGCUUCGUGGCUAGAGGAACAGUGGUUCUCGCCGAAUUCACCGAAUUCACUGGAAAUUUCACGAGCAUCGCUUCUCAGUGCCUCCAGAAACUCCCUUCCUCCAACAACAAGUUCACCUACAACUGCGAUGGCCACACCUUCAACUAUCUCGUCGAAGACGGCUUCACUUAUUGUGUCGUCGUUGUGGAAUCUGCUGGCAGACAGAUUCCAAUGGCAUUUCUUGAACGAGUUAAGGAGGAUUUCACCAAGAGAUAUGGUGGUCGAAAAGCUGCAACUGCUGCUGCUAAUAGCCUGAAUAGGGAGUUUGGACCCAAACUUAAGGAGCAGAUACAGUACUGUGUGGAUCAUCCAGAGGAGAUCAGCAAGCUUUCCAAAGUAAAGGCUCAGGUUUCAGAAGUCAAAGGAGUGAUGAUGGAAAAUAUUGAGAAGGUUUUGGAUCGUGGAGAGAAGAUUGAGCUUCUAGUGGAUAAAACAGAGAACCUUCGCUCUCAGGCACAAGACUUCAGGACCCAGGGUACCCAAAUGAGGAGGAAAAUGUGGUUACAGAAUAUGAAGAUAAAGCUUAUAGUUCUUGGUAUCCUCAUUGCCUUAAUUUUGAUCAUAGUUUAAUUGUGCAUGGGCCAACCUUCUCCACUCAUUUAUUUUAUUAUUAUUUUUUACAAAUCCAUACCCACUCUAAUUCAUACCUCCUCACUUUUUAAAACGCAUGCUGAUUCACGCUACCCCUACUUUACCCCACUUUACCUUUAUUUAUUUUAU